GAGUAGGUCAGUUAUCCUACAAAUACUGACUUGUUAAGCUUAGCUGAUCUAUGAAGUUCCUCGGUAAUGGAGUCUUGGUUAAAAGUAUUCAUUUUAAUAUCAAGUAUAAACGUGAUUUUCUGCCAGCGAUGUUACUUCUUCACCUUUCAAAACAUCUCAUAUGGUGUAUUAGCUUCGGAAUAUCUGAAUUACACCGUGACUGUGGCCAAAGAAAUGUACUUCAACGCGGAAGUAAUGCUGCAUAAGUCAAUAAGUGAUCCUUACAUCAAAUUUGAUAUCAGUGCAUCGGACAAAAACAAGAAUGACAAUUUUCAUCUGAGGAAGACAAUACGAUUUUGUGACUUCACACGAUUUGCAAAGUACAACACGAUUUUCCAGAUGAUACUGGACGCUCUGAGCAAUACUACAGAUAUUUCAUUCCGAUGCCCCUUCAAGGCUGGCCAUUAUUAUAUACGAAAUCUUCGGUUGGAAGCAUCUGUUUUUCCGUAUCAGUUGUUUUAUAGCCAAAAGGCUUCAAUCCGCUUCCAAGCGAAGGUCUAUUCGAAGGAAAGGAACAAGAUGAUUGAAGUGGUUUACACUAAUUCCAUAUUUGCAAUCGACAAACGAUGUUGA